AUGUCGAGCGAUGCCUUCCAAGCCCGGACAUUGAAGAGGAAGAACGUGAAAGGGUUGGCUUUGAGUGCUCCUCCAAAGGCUGCAAAUCCCUCAGAAGGAGAUUCACAAGUACCUGGCGCCCUCGGCAACCAAGCGAGUGAGCGCACCGAUACACUCGAAAUCGGCCUGGAAUUCAAGCUAGACUUACGGAGCGAGGACUUGAUCGUUCUGAAAGAGCUGGGAGCAGGCAAUGGCGGGACAGUCAGCAAAGUUAUGCAUGCAACGACAAAGGUGGUCAUGGCACGCAAGAUCAUCCGAGUAGACGCCAAAGAAAAUGUCCGCAAGCAGAUCGUCCGCGAACUACAGGUCGGCCACGACUGCAAUUCGCCAUACGUGAUAACAUACUACGGCGCCUUCCAAAACGAAGCACGUGAUAUUGUGCUCUGUAUGGAGUACAUGGACUGCGGAUCAUUGGACCGCAUCUCGAAAGACUUUGGGCCAAUACGAGUCGAUGUACUUGGCAAGAUCACCGAAUGCAUAUUAGGCGGCCUUGUAUACCUGUAUGAAGCACACCGCAUUAUGCAUCGAGACAUCAAGCCAUCCAACGUACUGGUCAACUCGCGCGGCAUGAUCAAGCUCUGCGAUUUCGGGGUUGCCACCGAGACUGUCAAUUCGGUAGCCAACACCUUCGUCGGAACCUCCACCUACAUGGCACCGGAACGGAUCAAAGGCGAUGCUUACACCGUGAAGUCAGAUGUAUGGAGCGUGGGGCUGACAGUCAUGGAGUCGGCGAUCGGGAGGUUUCCUUUCGACGCAAAUGACGCCGCACCAGGCGACCGAGCUAGCGCUGGGCCAAUGGGCAUUCUGGAUCUGCUGCAGCAAAUCGUCCACGAGCCGGCUCCGAAACUACCUAAGAGCGAUGCUUUCCCAGCAAUUUUGGAGGACUUCGUCGCCAAAUGCCUGCUCAAGAAUCCCGCGGAGCGGCCGACGCCGCGCGAAUUGUAUGACAAGGACCUCUUCCUGCAAGCAGCCAAACGAACACCGGUCGAUCUGCAAGAAUGGGCUGUGUCAAUGAUGGAACGACACAAUCGCAAGUCCUACUUGGCACCACCCGCGCCGAAGUCGUUGAAGAGUGACGGGACAGGCUCAGACUCGCACAACACCCCUUCCACAUCAGCAACUUCGAAUUCGUCCUUCAGUGGACAAGACAACCAACGCCAAACCCCCGUGACCGCCAGGAAGCUCCCCACUCCCUCAGUUCCGGACGUCAGCAAAAUGCCCACAUCACCUCCACACUACCCAACCAUAACUACCAACACCCAGAAUUCAACGACACCAACGGGCAUCGCAGAAAGGUCACCUCCACCAGGCAUCUCCCUACAGCAUCUCUCUUUGGAAACACCCGACCAAGCAGGAGAAGCUCCUCGACCCAGAUUUCCGCACUCCAACAGCCGAGACGAUAUUCCGACGCCAGCAUCGGCAAUCGAGCCGUCCGGUCGCCCAAUGUUUCCUCCACGAACAAGCAGCAGCACGUCAAUAGGACAGCACAACCGUCUCAACAACGCCUCGAUGCCGAUGAGGCCUCCUCCAAGUGGGCCUUUGCCACCACCUCCGCCGUCCAAGGACCUUCCGGCCAUCCCUUCGACUGGAAAUGCAAUCAGCCCAAGAAGACAGCGAUAA